CCCCCCUCCGGUCUGGCGGCGGGACGGAAGGCGCGAGCCGUGGCCGGAGCUGCGCCUGGGCCUGGCCUCGCUGCCGCGGAGCAGGGGGCUGAGCGCGAGCGGCCGGCGCGGCCCCGGGCGGUUCCCUGCGGUGCAAUAUGUUCAAGAGAAUGGCUGAGUUCGGGCCUGACUCCGGGGGAAGAGUGAAGGGAGUUACUAUUGUGAAACCUAUAGUUUAUGGAAAUGUUGCACGUUAUUUUGGAAAGAAGAGAGAGGAAGAUGGACACACACAUCAGUGGACAGUUUAUGUAAAGCCUUACAGAAAUGAGGAUAUGUCUGCUUAUGUGAAGAAAAUUCAAUUUAAACUACAUGAAAGCUAUGGUAAUCCUUUAAGAGUUGUUACCAAACCACCAUAUGAAAUCACUGAAACGGGUUGGGGUGAAUUUGAAAUCAUCAUCAAGAUAUUUUUUAUUGAUCCCAAUGAAAGACCUGUAACUUUAUAUCAUUUGCUGAAGCUGUUUCAAUCCGACACCAGUGCAAUACUAGGGAAGAAGACUGUAGUAUCCGAGUUUUAUGAUGAGAUGAUAUUUCAAGAUCCUACUGCUAUGAUGCAGCAGCUUUUGACAACAUCUCGUCAGCUAACGCUAGGAGCUUAUAAGCAUGAAACAGAGUUUGCAGAUCUUGAAGUAAAAACCCGGGAAAAGCUGGAAGCUGCCAAAAAGAAAACCAGUUUUGAAAUUGCUGAGCUUAAAGAGAGAUUAAAAGCAAGUCGUGAAACUAUCAACUGUUUAAAGAGUGAAAUCAGGAAACUUGAAGAAGACGACCAGUCUAAAGAUAUCUAACAAGUAUCAAUUUGAUAGAGACUUAGCUGUAAAUAAAGGGACUUGGAUCAUGGAACAAUGUUAACAUAGUCUCCUCUGUGAAAUUUGAGGGACUAUGUACAGUUUCAUCCAUGAAUUUCAUUUCAAAAGAUUGUUGUAUGUGAGGCUAGCUUUACAGAUGAAAACUGUCCAGUGUUUAAACUAUAGAAGUAUGUGACAUCAUCAUUUUUAAAGAAUGUAAUUCUUUGAAAUCAGACUUUUUAAAAAUUUCAUUGAGUGCAACAUGGUAACUUCAUAUUAAAUCUCAGGUUACUAUGAUUUACAACAUGUAAUCAGUUUUCAUACUCCAUUUACUCUUCCUAAAUGAUUAGAGACAAACCUUUAAAACUGAACAUUAAAAUUGUAGUAGCUUUUUCACUGUUAGGAAUCUGAAAUUCCUCUGCUUAGUUGUUGGCUUCACAUCCAGUAUGAUGAGUAAACUUGAAGGGAGAGGUUAAAAUCUUUGGUAUGCAGGUAGAUUAGGCCUGUCAGUUUAAAAUUACAUCUGCGCUUCUGUUUUCUGGUAUUGGUAUUAGGAAAAAGUGAGCUGGUAAAGAUUCAGGAAGAUGAGAUUCUUUUAACUAGCAGUUCUACUUUACAAAUGGUACAGAGACAAACUAUACAAAUGUAGAUCAAACUUGUAUAAAUGCAGCAACCACAUACCGUACAUCUUGGAAUAUAAGUAGACUUGUCAUGUUUUGCAACCUCAUAUAUUAGUAUUAUACUGUGUUAUUUGUUACCAACUCAGUAACUCUAGCAUACAUCCUUACUGAAAAAGCAGUACAUGUUCCCUUUGUCAGCUCUGACUUUAUUCCGAGGAAUAGAAGAGCCUGGCAGUGAUGGAGCAACUUGUGAUCUUUGAAUAAAAGGGUUAUCUUCCCAGCUAUUUUUUAAAGUACCACUUUACGAUAAAAUCACUUGUUAAAUACACACACAAACCCCAGGAAUUAAUGUGAGACUAUGACGAUUCAAAGCAUUGGGAUUGCUUUAAAUUUGAGAUGAAUGUGAACUGUCUGACCAUGACUUUAGUAAACUAAAUACAUUUAAAACAGUUUAAUAGAAGUGUAACGUACUUCAAAUAAUGCAGUUUUUUGAUAUCUGCACUUAAUACAGAAUUGGAAGGAUUUUUCCUUUAUUCUCUGGCCCCACAAUGCAGCUAAGAUAUGUGGGGAAUCAACUGAGAAGGCACAAGCCAAGACCCUUUGUUAAAAGGUGUUUUCAAAGAGUUAUAACUUUCCCAUGGAACCAACUACUAUCUGAUGUUUAAAUAAAGCUGGCUGACUCCUAAAAGAUGGUCCAAAUGGCUACCUUGGACAAAUUGUUGCCUGUCUGAUGCCUUGCAAGACUCAUGAGAGGAGAACAGGGGUGAAAACGUACUAAAUUGACAGGGAAAUAAAUAGAUAUCUGUAUUCCAGAAACAGCAGCUCCUCUGAUUUCUUGCAGCUGCUACUCUGGGCUUGAGAGCGGGCUCAGGUUGGAGGGAUAGGGUUUAUAUAGAAGCCAAUGGCUUACCCAAACCCCACCAGCUCAGAUGAUUCCUUGUCACUUUCCCAACCUCUGACUGAGGUAAAAGAGUCAGUAUCCAAUCAAGGAAGGCCCAGUGGGUAGGAAACUAGUUUAGGACUGGGGAAACUGUGGUACAGUUUCUUGCUCUCCCACAGUGAUAGACUUGAACAAGUCACUUAGCCUCUCUCUGUGCCUCAGUAUCCCUUGUGAUAUGGGGAUAAUAGUACACUCCUACCCCAUUAAGGAUUGAGAUGCUCAGACACUACAGUGAUGUGGAUCAUAUAAGCACCCUAGGUAACUUCUCCUUACAGUGAUUGAAGAGGCUUCCUGGAGCUACUUGCUAGAGUUGAAGCUGUGAGGUGUCACUAGAAUUUCAGGAGUACUAUCACACAAGAUUUAGGGGAAUCGCAUUCCAUUUCCUGAGGUAGCUUUUGAGAUCCUGGAUUUUUUUUUUUCUAUUUUGGGAAUAGGAUAUAGAUGGGGAGGUAAAGGAAACCUGGGAAUUUGCAGUAGCAGGUGGGACAAAAAUUGGUCUGGAACUCAAAUUGUACCAAUAUUUACUCCUGCACAGCCCUGCAACAUGAGAUUAUGGGGAAAUGAGGAAAUCAUCUCAAUGUUUUUAAUCUUCACACUGAGCCAACGUAUGUGACAAGAAUGCCUCUCCUGGUUUGGGAGUUGAAGUUGUGAAUCCUAAUUCUAGAGUAUGUGAGUCAAAAUGAGAUUAAUGGGAAUAUGAGUAACUUAUAAUCAAAAUUCUAGAGCCUCCAAAGUGUUGAAACAGAUCUUGAAAGGCUGUAUCAUAAAUAGCUUAGCAGAAUUCAAUUUUUAUUUUUUAUAAUUUUGACAUACUGAUGUUUAGUUUUAAACAUUUUUUUAAACUUAAAUUUUCAGUUGCAGGAAAUUGGGGCAGGGAGGAGGGGUCAGGCAAUAGUUGAGAUCAGACCAUAAUUCUUUAAUGUCAGUAGAUGUUGAGAUUUCAAAAAGUUAAAGCUUUAUUGUCAUUAAUACACAAAUUGUCCACAUCACGUCAAAAUAUACAAAAUAAAUAUUCUAAAUCAA